GUGUUCGGCCUCGCAGGCUUUUUGCUCGAUACAAAUCGCAGUGUAUGGCAUCAGACGGCACAUACCUAAAAUGUCCUGACCCCCUUUAUCCCAAAUGUUGCGCCAACUUCAACUUCAACUUCAUUCCAAACGUGUAUUGUACCUCAUCGACUUGCACAUGCUGCAACAGCGCCAAUAUCGCUUGCCCCCUAAUACAGAACUGUUGUGGGUUCAACUGAUGUCGAACAGACCAAUAUUGCGCCUCGACCUGCAGUGCGCCGAACGCAGCACGACUUCCACUCUAUCUGGCACACUAGAGACGACCUCAUCAUCAAACGAUGACACAGACAAGCCUGAAAACGGCCUGAGUCAGUCAAAUAUCAUCGCAAUCGGUGUUGGGCUUGGUGUUGGCAUUCCGGCGUUGGCUAUCAGCUUUAUAUCGAUGUGCUUAGCCUGCCCAUGUUGUCCAUGGGCUAAACGCAGAAGAGCAAGAGGAUGAAAGUCAAUCACCUAGUUAGGGGCUGUCUCCCUGGCAGAAUUAAGGUCUUCGUAUCAACUAGUCCUUAAGCAAGAGAGUGUAAAGCGUAUAUACAAGCGCAGGUCAGCG